UCUAUAAAUGAUACAAAGUUCCUUGCGUAUGCUCUUCCUUCUCAGUUUUGCAUCUCUUCCAUAUUCGAAAUCUGCAGCAGCACUGAGCUACUCAUGAACGAUUCUCUUCUCCGCUGGAGCAAUGGCCUCUUCCGAUAUUGAUUGGGACAGGCUAGAUAAAAAGAAGUUCUAUGUCGUGGGAGCAGGACUCUUUACAGGUGUUACAGUAGCACUCUACCCGGUUUCUGUUGUGAAAACUAGGCUGCAGGUUGCUUCAAAGGAUACUCUGGAGAGAAGUGCAUUAUCUGUUGUGAAAGGAUUACUUAAAACGGAUGGCAUCCGUGGUUUGUAUAAAGGGUUUUUUACAGUUAUGACUGGUACAAUUCCUACCAGAAUCAUAUUUCUUACUGCCUUGGAGACCACAAAGGUGGCUUCCCUCAGGAUGCUGGAGCCAUUUAGACUAUCUGAUACCACCCAGGCUGCCAUAUCAAAUGGAGUAGCAGGCAUGACAUCAUCACUUUUGGCACAAGCUAUGUUUGUUCCAAUUGAUGUGGUUAGCCAAAAGUUGAUGGUGCAAGGAUACUCUGGCCAUACGCAAUAUAGGGGGGGUUUGGAUGUUGCUCGUAAGGUGUUAAGGUCUGAUGGCAUUAGGGGAUUAUAUAGAGGAUUUGGUCUAUCUGUCGUGACAUAUGUACCAUCUAGUGCUGUGUGGUGGGCAAGUUAUGGCUCAAGUAAACAUUACUUAUGGAGAAUCUUGGGGGAUAACUCCGGUGAGGAAGGCACUCCUAGUCUACUAAAGAUUAUGUUAGUUCAGGCUACUGGAGGGAUCAUUGCUGGUGCUACUGCAUCCUGUAUUACAACCCCGUUGGAUACAAUCAAGACACGGUUACAGGUGACUGGACUUGAAAAGAAAAUCUCUGUAAAACAAGUUGUUAAAGAUUUGAUUCUUGAAGAUGGUUGGAAAGGUUUAUAUAGAGGAUUAGGUCCAAGGUUUUUCAGCAUGUCAGCGUGGGGCACUUCAAUGAUUCUGGCUUAUGAAUAUCUGAAGCGCGUGUGUGCAAAGGAUGAAGAUGUGUAAACUGAUGUAGUUUGGAAUUGUCCAAGAAUUUUGUCUCAAAUGCUUCGCUGGACAUUACUGGAAAAAUCACAAUGGCAAUUGAGCAAGAGUUUUGCUGCUGGACAUACCUGUUAGUUUUUUAGCCACAUAACCAGUCACAUAUGCACUAGAUUUACUGCUUAAAAGGUUUUAAACUUUAAGCAGACAGUUGAGCUAAUUGAUUGUUCAACGAAUUAAUCGUUAGGAACAUAAAUAUGGAAAUUUUUGUACUAUAAUUUUUUUUUCCAUUCUUUUCGAAGACUAAAUUGGAUUAGAUGCGUUCUCUUCU